CCCCAAGGGAUCCCCUCACCCUCGCCCCUCCUUCAAUCUCUCUGGAUCCUUCGCUCUCUUAAAAACUCCCUCAAAAAAAACCCAACCCAACAAAUCAAACGGCUGGCAUCUCUCCAUCCAUCCCCAGACCUCUCUCUGAUCCAAUCUCGACCGUUCAUUUCGCGUUCUCUUGCCUCUCUCCUCUUCCCGCCAUCUCGAGGGGAGAGUGAGAGAGAGAGAGAGCCAUGGCUCUGAGAUCCGAAGAGCUACAACGCGAUCUCUACACGAUCCCCAUCUCCUCCAGUUGGUUCAGCUGGGACUCGAUCCAUGAGACGGAGCGCAGAUCCCUUCCUGAAUUCUUCGACGGGAGCUCGUAUUCGAGGAACCCUAGGGUUUACAAGGAAUACCGAGACUUCAUCAUCAAUAGAUUUCGCGAGGAGCCGUCUCGAAGGCUGACGUUUACUGAGGUGAGGAAGUCUCUGAUUGGAGAUGUGGGGUCGAUAGAGAAGGUGUUUAGGUUCUUGGAUCGGUGGGGGUUGAUCAAUUUUGGGGUUGAUAAAGGGGAGGAGAAGGAGGAGGUGGGGUUGGCGGCAGUGGUGGUGGAGGAG